CUAAAAAUAGAUUUUGAACAAAAAGCUAUCAGUGCGCUGAGGACAGUCGUUCUCUUGUGAGUCCUCAUCAGCAAUGGCGGCUUCUCUGCAACUCACUGUGAAACCCUUCAAAACCCAUCAUUUCCAUUCCAAAUCUUUAUCCAAACACGCCCCUAAAUUCGCUACGAUCCGCUGCUCCGCCACCUCACCCUCAAGGCGCUACUCCAUCACUCUUCUUGCCGGCGAUGGCAUCGGCCCCGAAGUCAUCUCCGUUGCCAAGAACGCCCUCCAGCUCGCUGGCUCUCUCGAAGGGAUUGAAUUUGGCUUCAAGGAGAUGCCUGUGGGUGGGGCUGCCUUGGAUUUGACUGGAGUUCCCAGUUUACUAUGUAGAAACAAUUUCAACUUCUUAUUUGUGAAGUAUUAA